AUGGUUAAAAGUCAAUUUUUAGAUGGAUUUAUAACAGGAGAACCUUUUAUGAGAGAAUAUCCUCCAGACCCAUUCUAUCCGAACGGUGAAGGGAAAAUGUUAAAGACACCAAUCGAUUCUUCUGCGAAUUCAACGGUUAAAUGCUCGGAUCCCCUACCAGUGGGAACUUAUCCUUUGCCACGUUGUAUCGGUAAUGUAUUCGAGUACAAUUUCGAAACUUAUGAUGUGGACCAACGAUCGAAACUCCGAUCGAAACGAAGAACAAGUCAUAUGAUCACCUGGUUCGGACAUUAUAUUACAUUUAAUAUCGUCA